AUGCUUCCAGGCAUCGAUUAUCUGUUUGGCAUUCCUGCUAGGAUUACUGGAGCUUCCGUCGAUGAGCUCAAGCUCAUUGCCUCUUUCCUUCUCUCGUUCCCUUUGGCAGCGCUGCUGAAACGGAUUCCAGAUUCUCAACCCUGGAAGAAAAAUGCGUUCACCAUUGCCGUAUCGCUCUUCUACCUUGUCGGCCUCUUUGACUUGUGGGACGGUCUCCGCACAAUCCUGUACAGCUCUGCGGGUAUCUACGCCAUUGCAUACUAUAUCGAUGGCUCGAUGAUGCCUUGGAUUGGCUUUAUCUUCCUGAUGGGUCAUAUGUCAAUCAAUCACAUCUACCGCCAGAUUGUGAAUGACCCCGGGGCAAUCGAUAUCACGGGAGCUCAGAUGGUGCUCGUGAUGAAGCUCUCCGCUUUUUGCUGGAACGUGCAUGACGGCCGAUUGCCCCAAGACCAGCUCUCGGAUCCUCAAAAAUAUGCUGCCAUUACCACCUUUCCCUCGCUACUCGAUUAUGCGGGAUACGUGCUGUUCUUUCCUGCUCUUUUUGGUGGUCCCGCAUUUGACUACGUCGCUUACCGCCGGUGGAUUGACACGACGCUCUUCGAGGUGCCUCCAGGCACUGACCCAUCCAAGGUGCCGCCGACCCGAAAGAAGCGCAAGAUCCCUCGUAGUGGAACACCUGCUGCCAAGAAAGCCGUGGUAGGCCUGGCAUGGAUUGUGGCGUUUUUACAGCUCGGCUCGGUUUACAACAAGGACGCGGUUCUGAAUUCCAGUUUCUUAGAGUACUCCUUGAUUCGGCGAGUCUGGAGUCUGUAUGCGCUUGGGUUUGCGACUCGCACCAAAUAUUACGGUGUUUGGUCUUUGGCCGAAGGCGCGUGCAUUCUCUCCGGAAUUGGUUACAAUGGCUUUGAUCCCAAGACAGGAAAAGUGUUUUGGAACCGCUUGGAGAAUAUUGACGCUUGGAAGCUAGAGACCGCGCAGAACUCCCAUGCCUAUCUGGGUAACUGGAACAAGAACACCAACCACUGGCUACGAAACUACGUUUAUCUGCGAGUGACUCCCAAGGGGAAGAAGCCUGGAUUCCGCGCCAGUCUAGCUACAUUCACAACCAGCGCCUUUUGGCAUGGCUUCUACCCCGGAUAUUAUUUGACAUUUGUUCUAGGGUCUCUUGUUCAAACCGUUGCCAAGAACUUUCGACGCCAUGUUCGGCCCUUUUUUCUUUCUCCGGAUGGCAGCACCAACGGCCCAUACAAGCGCUACUAUGACUUUGCUAGCUGGUUUGUGACUCAAACAGUCAUGUCAUUCGUUGUGAUGCCGUUUAUCUUCCUCUCGUUCACCGAGUCGACAUACGUAUGGCAGAGCGUUUACUACUACGGCGUCAUCUUCGUUCUUGGGGCCCUCGUUUUCUUUUCUUCGCCGGCAAAGGGCAUUCUCAUCAAGAAGCUCAAAGCCCGCGGCCGACCAAACGUCGUCCGCUCAACCAGCACCGACAGUCUCCACGAGCCAACACUUGGUCUGCCAAAUGAUGCGAUCAAAGAGUUCGACGAGGCAGUGCAGGAGAUCAAGUCCGAGAUUGAAUCGCGGCGCAGGCGAGGCAGCAUGGUUACCAUGCCGACAGGCGAGGAGCUCAAGGCUGCUAUUGAGGGCAAGAUCGGUCGUACCAUUGGCUAA